CAGCAACAAAUCAAAUGAACCCUAAACCUCUGUAAGCCGUCCCAUUUUUUCCCCUUUAACCUAAGCUGAUUUCAAGCCCAGAAGGAUAGGAUUACAACUGUUGAGGUUUGUUCUGGGAAUUUCUCUGAGCUGUACGAACCCUAAUUGUGGGAAAAAUGUCAUCAUCAGUUAUAGGUCGCUGCCAUUUCGGCGUUGAAGCUGCCGGAACAAAGAGCAGGAGAACUGCAGUAUGGAGGUCACCAAGAGCAGCUGUAAUUCCAAGUUUCCACCUCCCAAUGCGUAGUUAUGAAGUUAAAAAUAGGACAUUUGCCGAGGAUAUAAAAGCACUUCGGUUGAUUACUGCAAUCAAAACCCCAUAUCUACCAGAUGGAAGAUUCGAUCUUGAGGCAUAUGAUGCCUUGGUAAAUUUGCAAAUUGAAAAUGGCGCUGAGGGUGUGAUUGUUGGUGGCACUACAGGUGAAGGUCAAUUGAUGAGCUGGGAUGAACACAUCAUGCUCAUUGGUCACACAGUGAACUGUUUUGGAGGAUCAAUCAAAGUCAUUGGGAACACAGGAAGUAACUCCACGAGGGAAGCAAUCCAUGCGACAGAACAGGGAUUUGCUGUAGGUAUGCAUGCAGCUCUUCACAUUAAUCCCUACUAUGGGAAGACCUCCAUAGAGGGUAUGAUUUCUCACUUUGAAAGUGUGCUCCCUAUGGGCCCUACUAUCAUUUAUAAUGUGCCAUCACGAACUGGUCAAGACAUUCCUCCACGUGUAAUUCAGAUAUUAGCAGAGAGCCCUAAUCUUGCCGGUGUCAAAGAGUGUGUUGGAAAUGAUAGAGUGAAGCAGUAUACAAGUAAUGGUUUGGUAGUGUGGAGUGGGAAUGAUGAUGAAUGCCACGACUCAAGGUGGGAUCAUGGCGCUGCAGGAGUUAUUUCUGUUACCAGCAACUUGGUUCCUGGUCUGAUGCGUGAACUAAUGUUUGGAGGAAAGAACCCUGCUUUGAACUCAAAGGUAAUGCCAUUGGUUGAAUGGUUGUUUCAUGAACCAAACCCCAUUCCUCUAAAUACAGCUUUAGCUCAACUCGGAGUUGUGAGGCCUGUCUUCCGCCUUCCAUAUGUUCCACUUACAAGGGCAAAGAGAGAGGUGUUUGUGAAGAUUGUCAAGGAAAUCGGACGGGAAAACUUUAUAGGGGAAAGAGAUGUCCAAGUUUUGGAUGAUGAUGAUUUUGUUUUGCUUGGUAGGUAUUAGCUUUUUCCCAUUUGGUGUUGAGAAGUAAGUUUUUGUUGUUAGCUGCUUAAUUUGAAAAUUUCUUAACAUGAAGAAUUAUAUCUUCUUUUAUGUUCUUUUUUGUAACCGUGCAUUUUUCUUGUUUGCUCUUCUCUUCUAGGAGGCAUGUACAUUGUAGAUGUUAGUUUAUGGUUCUAAACUAAAGAUAUGCAUAAUGUAUCAAAAUGCUUUUUGAA